CACAUCGCUCUCUCUGUUUCCCUCAAGGUCACUCUCUUCUCUUCUUCGUUCGAAUCGGUGCGGAAACUUAGGCAAGUUCUUGGAGGAAUGUGGUUGCUUUUGAUUCUUCACGCUGAUUCGAAAACGAGACGAGUGAUAUGAAUCGAUAUCUGUAAUCAAGAGAAAUCGGUUGAACUAUGAAUGCGAAUCACAACGGGAAUCAUAAUCUCUGGACGGAUGGGCUAAUUUGUGCUUUCGAGUUUCGUCGAGGUCGUCGUAAGAUAAGCAAAUACAACGCAAAUCUUCUUCAGUCUUCUUCACAGCGAGGAGAUUCCCCAGAAACGUUGCGCCAAAUCAAAAAACAGGAAUGUAACUCAGAUCAAUUUGUCGCCGGAGAAGAAGAAACCUCGAGGAGUUAUUGGCUGCCGAUCGGUUGGGAUAGGCUCUGUGAGCUUGUUAAGACUGUGAAUGUUGAUAAUGACUGGGAACUGCAAAGCACUGCUAUGGAUCAUGAGGAUGACGAAGCCACGGUUGCUGAGCUGGCCGCUCCUUACUGGGAACGGCCACUCGCGGGUCCAACAUGGUGGUGCCACCUGGAUGCUAGCCAUCAAGGUAUCGCCUCGUGGUUGCGUAACGCGCAGUGGCUACAUCCGGCUGUAAGCGUCGCUCUGCGGGACGAGAGCAAGCUGAUUAGUGAACGGAUGAAGCAUCUUUUCUACGAGGUUCCUGUGAGAGUUGCUGGUGGGCUGUUGUUUGAGCUGUUGGGACAAUCAGCAGGUGAUCCGUUCAUCGAGGAAGAUGACAUACCCAUUGUAUUGAGGUCAUGGCAAGCUCAGAAUUUUGUGGUGACUGCAUUGCACGUGAAAGGAUUUGCCUCUAACAUUAGUGUGUUAGGUAUUACAGAAGUUCAGGAAAUGCUUAUUGCUGGUGGAGCGUGCAUCCCAAGAACUGUUCAUGAACUAAUAGCACAUCUUGCAUGCCGCCUUGCACGCUGGGAUGAUAGGCUAUUCCGGAAGUAUAUAUUUGGUGCAGCCGAUGAAGUUGAGUUGAUGUUUAUGAACAAGAGAAUGUACGAGGAUCUAAAUCUGUUUACUAUAAUCUUGAAUCAAGAAAUCAGAAGGCUUUCGACCCAGGUUAUACGGGUGAAGUGGUCGCUACAUGCUAGAGAAGAGAUCGUGUUCGAGCUUCUUCAGCAAUUAAAAGGCAAUGCAACAAAAGACUUGCUAGAAGGAAUAAGAAAGAGCACCCGCGAUAUGAUCAAUGAACAAGAAGCCGUCCGUGGCCGCUUAUUCACUAUCCAAGACGUCAUGCAAAACACUGUUCGAGCAUGGUUACAGGACCGGAGCCUCACGGUUACACACAACCUAGGGAUCUUUGGAGGAGUUGGUCUUGUGCUUACAAUAGUGACUGGUCUAUUUGGGAUCAACGUAGAUGGCAUACCAGGAGCUCAAGAUUAUCCACAAGCGUUUGCACUUUUCUCAGCCAUUCUGUUUUUCUCGGGUUUGGUACUAGUGGUCGCAGCUUUGCUCUACCUUGGACUCAAGGAGCCAGAGGCAGAAGAGAAUGUUGAGAGUAGAAAACUAGAGCUUGACGAAAUGGUGAAGAAGUUUCAGCGAGAAGCUGAGUCUCAUGCUCAGGUCUGUAAAAAAGUUCCUCAGAACAUAGAAGGCUCGUCUAGUAGUAGCAGUAUGAUAGUCCAUGAUCCGAAUGGUUAUGUUCUCAUUGAAUGAAAUCAAAGCAGCAAGAUCAAUAUUCGAGUAUUUGUCCAAAAAAAUAAUAUAAAUAUUGAGUUCUUUUUAUGUUGAAAUAGCCGUGAUCAAUUUAAUCAAUCGGGUGUUUUUGUAAAUUGUUACUGUUCGAACUUUUAAACUUUAAAAAAACUAAGAGAGAUUAUUUUAGUAAUGAAUAAAGAAAAUCAAA